UGAAACAGCAGAGAAGACCACUCCAGAGGUGACUACUGAGUGCAAUGGUGUCUCUUAGGCUCCUGCUUUUCACUGCCUUAGUGGCUGCAGCGUGCGCUGCUCCAAUAUCACCAGCCACCACAGUAGAAGAGAAUCAGAAGUUUGCACAGGAAUACCUUAGAAAAUUAUACAACCUUACAUCUACUUCAGGAGGCAGCUCAGGAAGGCAUCACAAUGAGCUCACAGACAAACUUAGAGAAAUGCAAAAGUUUUUCGGUCUCCAAGUAACUGGAAUGUUAGAUUCAAACACGCUGGAGGUAAUGAAAAAAUCAAGAUGUGGUGUCCCUGAUGUGGCUCAUUACUCCACAUUCCCUGGAGGGCAGAAGUGGCAAACACAGAGUCUGACUUACAGAAUUGAAAAUUAUACACCUGAUAUGCUAACAGCUGAUGUUGACAAAUCAAUACAGCAGGCUUUUGAGGUCUGGACCAAGGUUACCCCACUAAAAAUCACGAGAAUCUACAGUGGAACAGCUGAUAUUAUGAUCUCCUUUGUUACUGGCGAACAUGGUGAUUACUCCCCAUUUGAUGGUCCAGGAGGGACUUUAGCACAUGCUUUUGCACCUUCACCUGGUAUUGGUGGAGACACUCAUUUUGAUGAAGCUGAAACAUUUACCACUGGAUCAGCUGGGUUCAACUUGUUCCUGGUAGCAGCUCAUGAAUUUGGUCAUGCCCUUGGUCUGUCCCACUCCAAUAACCCAGGUGCACUGAUGUACCCAAUUUACAACUAUGUCAACCCUGGGACCUUUGUUUUGCCUCAAGAUGAUCUUCAGGGAAUCCAGUCUUUAUACGGACCCAAUCCUGGCAUUCCUCCUAAAGAUCCAAAUCCCCCCCCAAAGCCACCCAAGCAGCCUAAGCCCAACAACUGUGAUCAUAGUUUGGCUGUGGAUGCUGUCACUACUCUACGUGGAGAGAUGAUUUUAUUUAAAGAUAGUUACUUCUGGCGCAAUAGUCCACAGAUGGGAACUGUUGAACAGGACACUAUCAAAUCAUUCUGGCCAGAAAUACCUGAUAAUAUUGAUGCAGCAUAUGAGAUCAGAGAGAGGGAUGUUGUGUUCCUCUUUAAAGGAAGCCAGGUUUGGGCACUCUUUGGGUAUGACAUCCUACAAGGUUAUCCUCAGAAUAUCCAGAAUCUUGGACUUCCUAAGACUGUGAAUAAAAUUGAUGCUGCACUUUAUAAUGAAGAAACCAAAAAAACUUUCUUCUUUGUUGGAAAAAAAUACUACAGUUAUGAUGAGGCAAAGAAGAAAAUGGACAAAGGCUACCCAAGGAUAAUAGAAGCCGACUUUCCUGGAAUUGGUGGAAAGGUUGAUGCUGCUGUUGAGCACAAUGGCCUUGUGUAUUUCUUUAGUGGCUCAAGAAUGCUUGAAUUCAACUUCAAAUUAAAGAAGGUCCAACGAAUUUUGAAAAGCAACUUUUUCCUAGGUUGUCAGAAGUAAAAAUCAAAAAAAAAAAAAAAA